AUGUUUGUUGCACAGGAGAGUUUGUCCCAGGAAGUUUCGCAGGGGGCAUAUUCUGCAAAUGACCAGGAUAUAUUGAGGAGGGCAUUGGGGACUCCUGACCAUCCUGGUCUUCUUAGGGGUGUCGGUUAUGGAGUCACCAAGAGAGAUUACUUUGGGUACCGACAAAAGCCCUCUUCAUCGUGCACGCCUUCCUCUGCUGAGUUCAUGGAGCUGAAGGAAGAAACACGCUGGUUAAAGGAGCAGGUUAAAGUGCAAGCGCUCCUAAUCGAGCAGUUGAUCAAGAAUCAAGCACCACAGCCGGCUCCGAAUCUCAGCCCAAGUGGCAAAGACAGCUGCACAUUCCCCUUGCUACCUGAGGGUGAAGCGGACGUUCAGUGUAUGGCGGAUAGCCCUAAACAUCACACUGUUGCAACGGGCCGCAUGUUCAAUUUACCGGGGGAGAGUAUAAUUCAUAAUGUUCCUCUCCCUGCUGAUCAUGUGAGGGUGCAGUUGAACACUGCUAUUGAUGCGAAUUAUGCCCUCCCGAUUCCCACCCCAGAUGCAGAGACAGUGGCUCAAGCAGUGGGUAGCUUUGUCGCUUGGCCUGGCCGUCUUCUUACAUUAGGACAUCCUUCAAAGUCUAAGGGGAAGAAGAGCCUAUUGGGUGAUCACUCAUUAUCAUCACCACAGAAGCAGCCCUCUGAGCCCGUUCAAGUGGUAUCAUCAAGAUUCCGAAUAUGUCUUGAGGAAUAUGCAAUUGGGGCCAGAUUAGAACAUGGCGAGGAUUUCAUGAUUCCCCUAGAGUUUGAGCCAGAGGUAUACGGUCGACCCUCGUCAGAUUAUGUCACAAAUGAAGUAUUGAAAGAGAUUCUGACGCAUGGAAUGGCCAGCACAAAUGCCUGUAACUUUUAUAUCAGAUAUCUUUUCAAGAACUUCAUAGCCCCUGGUGGCCUUGAUGACAAGUUCAAGAUUAUCAGCCCCCACACUUUUGCUGGCCACGGACCUAAUAUGAAGAAAGACUUAUCCAGAGACUUGUUAGAUAUCUUCAUUUCUAGGGCAACACCGGGGGCUCAGACUUUGUUUUUGGCGCCUUAUUGUCAAGGGUAA